UCAACUGAACGUUGAAUUGGAGAAGCUAGGGCCUAUGGUUUUUUGGGACCGAUUCCUAUCAGAAUCGGGAAUCGACAGUCAGCAGGAACCAAUCCGAUCUCCCGAUUCCGUGUUUUGGAACCUUGCUGCCACACCUUUCGGUCUUUCACCAUUAAAUGAGAAUCCACAGUGCUCUGUUUCGCCCUUUUGUUCUUCAUAAUGCAGCAAAAUCGAAAGUUCGGCGAUCCUAUGCGAAUUCCAUUAUCUUCCCAGUAAUGACACAGCGAUCCUACUCGACUUGAUAACUUUCAAAACCAACGGUAUCACAUGAUCAAAGACUCUAUCUCCUUGGCACACGUUAUUCAAACCUGCGCACGAACCAGGCAACUAUCCAAAGGUAAGCAGCUCCACGCUCACUUAAUCUGCAGUGGUUACCAGUUAUGCAUCUUUGUCUCCAAUCAUCUUGUGAACAUGUACUCAAAGUCCGGAGAAUUGGACUUUGCACGGAACAUGUUCGACACAAUGCCUUACAGAAACCUGGUUUCGUGGACUGCUUUGAUUUCUGGACUUUCCCAGAAUGGGAGGUUCGCAGAAGCUUUGAGAACCUUCAUUCAAAUGCGAAAUACUGGAGAAAAUCCAACCCAAUUUGCAUUUUCAAAUGUAAUUCAAUCUUCGGCCUCCCUGGGGUCACUUGAAAUUGGGAAGCAACUGCAUUCUCUUAGCAUGAAGAUGGGUUUUAAUGAUGAAUUAUUCGUGGGCAGUAAUCUUGCUGAUAUGUACUCGAAGUGUGGGGCUCUGGCGGAUGCUUACCAAAUCUUUAGUGAAAUGCCAUAUAAAGAUCAGGUUUCAUGGACAGCGAUGAUUGAUGGGUACACAAAGAGCGGUAACUUUGAGAAAGCUUUGUUAUCUUUCAGGAAGAUGAUUCAUGAAGGGGUCAACAUCGAUCAAUAUGUCUUUUGUAGCACAUUAGGCGCCAGUGGAGCGCUUAAGGAUUCCACAUUUGGGACGUCUCUUCAUUCAUGGAUUGUGAAAUUAGGAUUUGAAUCAGAGACUUAUGUGGGCAAUGCACUCACAGACAUGUACUCAAAAGCAGGGGAUAUGGAGAGUGCAUUUCGUGUGUUUGGGAUUGACUCUGAUUUGAGGAAUGUUGUGUCUUAUACUUCUUUGAUUGAUGGGUUUGUUGAGACUGAGCAGAUUGAUAAAGCUUUGAGUAUUUUUGUUGAGUUGCAGAGACAUGGAAUUGAACCUAAUGAAUUUACUUUCUCUAGUCUGCUUAAGGCAUGUGCUAGCCAAGCCGCGCUUGAACAAGGGACUCAGCUUCAUGCCCAAGUGAUAAAAACCCAUUUUGAUGACGAUCCAUUUGUUUAUUCCAUCCUAGUCGAUAUGUAUGGGAAGUGCGGACUACUCGAUUAUUCAGUCCAAGUAUUUGAUGAGAUCAGGAACCCAACCGAGAUUGCAUGGAAUUCAUUGUUGGGUGUGUUUGCUCAGCAUGGGUUAGGCCAAGAGACCAUUAAGAUUUUCAGUCAGAUGAUUCAAAAAGGAAUUCAACCGAAUGAAAUCACGUUUAUUAGUCUUUUGAUAGGAUGUAGCCAUGCUGGCUUGGUUGAGCAAGGACUGGAUUACUUCUAUUCCAUGGAAAAAAUCUAUGGUGUGGAGCCUAGACAAGAACAUUAUUCAUGUAUCAUAGAUUUGCUAGGCCGAUCUGGAAGGCUCAAAGAAGCUGAGGAUUUUAUAAAUAGCAUGCCAUUUGAGCCAAACACAUUUGGUUGGUGUUCUUUUCUUGCAGCCUGCAGGACCCAUAGUGAUAAGGAGAGGGGUGAAUUUGCUGCAGCAAAACUGAUGAGGCUUGAACCUGAAAAUAGUGGUACCCAUGUCCUGCUGUCAAACAUCUAUGCAACAGCUGGGCAAUGGGAAGAUGUCAGGAACAUCAGGAAGAUUAUGAGAGAUGGCAAGGUGAAGAAACUACCUGGUUACAGUUGGGUUGAUGUAGACAACAAGACUCAUGUGUUUGGAGUUGAGGAUUGGUCUCAUCCCCAAAAGAGAGAAAUAUAUGAGAAACUGGAGAAUCUUUUCACUCGGAUUCGGGAAGCUGGGUACGUUCCUUACACAGGUUCUAUCCCAUUUAAUAUGGAAGAAAGCAUGAAGGAGAGGCUGCUCCACCAUCACAGUGAGAGGAUAGCUGUUGCAUUUGCAUUAAUAAGCAUGCCAACUGGGAAGCCUAUCAUUGUGAAGAAGAAUAUAAGAGUGUGUCUGGAUUGUCAUUCAGCCAUGAAGUUCAUUUCAAAGGUUGAGGGACGAAAGAUCAUUGUGAGGGACAAUAGUAGAUUCCACCACUUCGUGGAUGGAUCAUGUUCCUGUGGAGAUUACUGGUAGAAGCUGGAAGAUCGUAAGAAGGAACCACUGACAAACCCCCAUACCUCCUCUCCUUGACCCUCCCUCCACCAAAAAUUCCUCAAAAAACUUCUUGAACCCUCCCCUCUGUCUCUCCUCACGGAAAACCUUCUCCGUCGAACCCCAAUUACACUCCUUUAGUGCAGCAAGUUGUUCUUAAAGCUAAGUAUCCUGAUUUCCUCUUCAUGGUCAAAGAGAGGUACAAGUUCAGAUUUUUUUGUGAAGAUUCAGAGAUUGCUGCUAGGGUUUCUGGGAAUUUAUGCCCAUGUUCUCUUGAUCGCAAGCAUUCCCACGUUUGGGCUGAAUGUUCUUGUCCAGAAACUGGUUAGUCUUGGGCAUAAAUUUGGCUUCGUUAAGCAAAUGGAAAUUGUAGCCGUCAAGGCUAGGUCUAAUUGGUUGGGGCCCUUCUAUCAGGGGCUUUUGGCUUUGUACACAAAGGCAACACUGAGGCAGCGGAGGAGAGGAUAGUUGUGGGUCUAGAAGUUGUUAUCUGCUCUGUGUUGUUGGGAGGGGAGUUUUGGUUGAGAUCAAGGACUGUGGUGCAGAGAGUGGCUUAGUUAUCAGGAUUGGGUUUAUUGCUUUGGAAAUAUCAACUGAGGAUUUUUUUCAUGGGGAGUUCAAUGAUAAUGUCAUGAGAUCAGGGCCAGAAUUCAUGGUUUUGUGCUUGUCUCCCACUUUCUUGUUGUUACCUUUUUUGUGGAAGAUGAGAGAAUUCAUGACCAUGUCAAUCAAACACUUAAAUUAUUAGUAGAGAGCCUUGAAAAAUAUGUCAGGGACAGUUAAGUUCAAUGUUACUUAUUAACUGUACAUUUCUGUGAUCAACAUUAUCGUCAUCAUACCAUUACUGAACACCUGGUUAUUUGUAGUCA